AUGACCACGAACCUUCCACUUCCACAAUUCUACUCCCAGACCCUCUCAACGCUUCAGCCGAUAUUCGAUGAUACCCUCCCACUCUCAGACCCUUCAACCCAAUCGACGCUUACCUCAGCCCUGGACAACCUCUACCUCAUACAGCGCAUGAUCAAUUCCCUGGGCGUGUUCUCAGAGAACGAAUCGAUAGACGAAGUAGGGGAGAAGGAAAUAGUGUUUAUGAGUUUGAAUUGGGUGAUAGGAGCUGCAGAGGAGAAAGGAGGGCUGGGUGGGAGGGACGAUAGGAUAUCGACAUUGCAGAGAGCAGAGACAGCAUAUGCAAGCUAUUUGGAACUACUCAACUCGUAUGGUGUUCUUUCAUCUGAAGAACAAGCUGAGUCGUCGGCCACAGCGAGUGGACAGAGCUCAGUGCCUAAAGAUCCAGCUAAGAAGCGAGAGGCUAAGAUAAGGCAAUACAAGAGGGAAAAGGAGUUGAGGGAGAAUAUAGCGAAUUCAUCACCCAAUCAACCUGAAUCUUCCUCAUCACCUAUAACAUUCCUCCUCUCCUUACUUCCUUCGACAUCCAAUCGACCAAGUGUCAUAUCGACCUCAACAGGGUCCACAUCAGUCAACCAGGAAGACUCCGAUGAAAUAUCCAAAUCGACCACCAUCCUCAUCUUACGAUUAUUACAUUCUCUGACAAUCGCAUCGCUCUCGUCGAUAUCCAUGGAAAUGGAAUUACUAUCCAACGCACCUGCCUCAAUCGUGCCUUUGGCCGACAGAGACCCAAGGGAAAUAAGGAGAGAGGAAGAAGAUAGUACUUGGAAAUUAGAUAGACAACCUUCGAAGUAUAAACCAAGAGAAUUGAUAUCUGGUAAUGGAAGGGUUCUUAGACCGUUUACGAUCUUACCUUCAACAAGCAACAUGAGUGAUAGAGAGAGGUUGAAGAGUGGAGUGUUCAAGCAGAGCUGGAGAUUACCUACCAUGACUAUUGACGAGUAUUUGGAAGAAGAGCAGAGGAGGGGAAAUAUAAUUACUGGUGGAGGGCAAGCAUCUUAUGACGCUCCUACCGAAUCGGAAUUACUAGAAUUAGCAGCGGAGAACGAUGGAUCUGCAUUAGCAGAAGAGAAGGCUGAACAGAAGCGAUUGAAAGAUGAGAAUUGGGCCAGGUUCGCAGAUGAUAAUAAGAAAGGAGCGGGUAAUACCAUGAAUAAGGGUUAG